GGUUCGCAGCCGCUUGCGGAGCUUCUGGAGCAGGAGAUGCUGAAGCACUUCGAUUGGGUCCAGGCGCACGCGGCGGUGGCUGGCUCGAUCACGGUCUCGAUGAUGGUCGCUUCAUUGGCAGACUUCGUGGGCAUUUUCAACGCUCUGGCCGACUUCCCGGACAAGGGCGACUGCUGGGCCAAGCUGGGGCUUGCCCCUUUGGAGGGCCCGGACCUGACGCUUGGGACCAUCGAGUCCCGGAGGCGAUUCGCCGUCCUCGGCUCGGCGAUCGACAGUGCUGCUUGUCCAGCGGAGGUCCGAACCAAGGGCAAGCGACUG